AUGAUUACCAUUUGUAAUCAUGAAUUGAUGCCAAAUAGAUUAUAUCUUUUGAAAUAAGAUAAAUUAAUUCUUAAGAAUGAAUAAGAACAUGGAUUAUCCUUUACUUUUUAAUAAUAAGAAAGUAAAAAAUUGAAAUUUGGAGAAUAACAUUCUUUUGAUUGCAAACCUGGUAACCAUUAUCUUAUAUGCAAAAAACUUAAUCUCAAAGCUGAAAUUUAUGUAUUUAAUACAUAAACUGAAAGAGAAAGAUUCUUAAAUCAUUAACAAGAAUUCUAAGCUACUAAAUCUGAACAAUAAUAUGAUAGUGAUGAUGUAACUAAUGAAAAUGAUGAAAUUCUAAGUGAGGCUAUAGGAAUUCUCCCUCAAAAACAAAAUAAAUUAAUUAAAUGGUACAUUACAGAUACGUCAUCAACCUAUUAUUCCAAAAAGGAAAAUUAAUCAACAACUUCUGAUUUUAGUGAAUAAUUAUUACCAGAAAAAAGAGGAUAGCGUAAAGGAUCCGAUCCUGUUAUUCAAAAAUCUGAAUUAAUUAUGUAGCCUAAAAUUCCAAGACCAACAAAUCAAAUCAACAAUCUACUCUAAAUCCAAUAAUUUGCUAAGAAUGUUUCCUAGAAUCAAUACACUAUCAAUCAAUAAUAAAUAUAGAGAUUAAAAUAAAAUUGGGAUAUACAAAAAUUUAUUUAUGAAUAUUUGAUUAAUUAAUAUGCAUUUUAAUGA